GGGCAAACAUCACACCUGACAAAGUUAGACAUUGUCACGGUUUCCUUCCUUUCACCAAAAACGUCACUCUUGCAUUGCAACGGUUUCAGAUGGGCCGAGAUAGGAGUUCGUGCGCGACGCUUGAUUGACAAGACUGUUAAUGAAAAAGUGCAUAAUCGUAUGAAGUUUGGCCUCAAUAGCUAAUUAUGCAAUAAUGUUAAUUCGGAUGGUCCGAUGCAAUAACACAGCUUAGGGAGGUACAAUAUCGAUAUUAAUUGUAUUUGAUAUUUUAAGACCAUUGCACAAAAGAACAGAGGACUAAUAUAUAAACAAAUUCUUGGAGAUAGGGCGUUCGAUCAGUAAGCUGCAUCGCAGAAGAGGGAGCAUCGGGAAGCAGGCCGCAUACCAAAAACCGAGUGGAGGAGCAAUUGAGAGUCUGCAGUUCACUGUGGUAAAUUGUCAUGGAAAGAAAGCCAUCAAGUCUCAGCUUUUCGAUUGAGAACAUAUUGUACGGUAGGACAAGCCAAGAAAAAUCAGGCGAACGGAGAAGAAAUCUCGACUGCUGUGGGCUAAGAUGCACGGGGACUUUGGGAAAGCAAUGCACGAUAAAAGGAUGCUAUCAAGAGUGCAUGGGUCGUUGUGUUUCCGAAAGAUAUCCUGACCGCAUAAAAAUUGAACGGCAAAGAAGAAAUUUCGAUAUUUCGUCACAAGAUGAAAAUCCAUUCUUCGAUGGACCAAUGAUCACUUCGGCCUGUCCUGACUCAACAGAAGACAAUAAUUCGAAAAAGCGUCGCCAUCGGACAAUAUUUUCUAACAAACAAAUCGAAGAAUUGGAGAAAGCGUUUAGGGACAGUCACUACCCAGAUGUACACCGCAGGGACAUUCUUGCGAAAAAGACCAAACUGUCCGAUGGCAGAAUCCAGGUUUGGUUCCAAAAUCGCAGAGCAAAAUGGAGAAGAAAAGAGAAAACAUGGGGUACUGGGUCAGUGAUGGCAAGAUAUGGUCUGUAUGGGGCAAUGGUGAGACAUUCACUUGCUAACUCAAUUGGGCAGGAAACAACAAAGGCACAUUUACAAAAGCAUAUAAGAGAUGGAAUCUUUAGAAAGGAAGAUCGGAGGGCAGGUUAUGAAUUCUCAAAGGAACCGAAAGAGAGUUCUGCAACUUAUGCAGCUGAGUCUAGAGUCCGUUGUGGAUUGGAGAGACAAAGAACUCGAAGUGAGAUUGCUUUUUAACCGGACACGAUGAUAAAGAAUUCAGUCCAUGCAUUGGAAGUUAAUUAUAAAUAGAUUUUAGAGCUAAAUUUUUUGCUGGAAAGUAUUUCCAAAUCAUAGAAGAGAAUUUUAUUCUCGUUAAGGUAUAGGUGUUAUUAUAAGGUACGAUAUGUGUUGAUAAAAAUAAAUUUUGUAGGUAAUAGUGUAAUACAGAGUCCAGAAAACAUAACGGCUCCACGGCUGAGAAUCCGAGGAAGGUCAUCCAACGAAGCAGUGGUCUUGAGGAAGGCCAAAGCAUAGACUGACAUCAAGUGAAUAUCAAAUGAGACGAAUUUACCGUUGUGCUUGAGUUAAACUUUCUUUUUUCCCGAAACAGCACAAGGACUAAACCAUCUAUGCUUUUACUUAAAUUCCAUUGCUAAGAAAUAUUUAUUCGAAAGAAACUUGUAAGGAAAAUUUCGAAGAAGGCAAAUAGGGCAAAAGUUCAUCUGGAGAAUAGUCUAAAGUUUUUCUGAACUCUAGCAAAAUUAAUAUUAUGCAACAUGCUUCAAGUAAUCAGGAAUGAUAUAAAAAUGGUACCAUUAAAAAUGGCACAGCAAUGUAAACUUGUCCAAAUUUGUACACAAUGAUUUAUUUUACAACACCAAAGUUAGAGGUUUUGCUUUGACUGUCUAGAUUUACUUCUAUUUUGAGAAUAGCCCUUUAGUAUUUAAUGAGAGUAAUGAUUUUCGUUAUUAUACUAUUUAUGCGAAUAUUUCGAUUGAAGAAGAAAAGGGUUAUUAUCAAAGUUUGAGUAUUCAUGUCACCUCUUUGUAUUCAGGUAUUUGAUAUGGUAUGGAACAGGUUACUCAAUCGACCAAUAAAAAUAUUUGAAUUUCUAUAAUUUUCUGUGGAAAAGAUAGGAAUGAAAGGAAAUGCCACGUCAGCCGCCAUCCGGGUUUCUUGGAAACGGGAAUGGAUCGCUGCAGUGUUGUUUGAAGCAAUCAAAAUAGCUGAGAUUGCAGUUCUCAAAGAAGCGAAAUUCUAAUUUGGAAUCCAAGAGCAACGAGAUAUUUCUAAUUGGCUGAUUACUUUUAUAAGUAGUAUUUUAAAUUGUUGAAUCAUGACACUAUUCUAAUAGAUUAUAAAGAUAAUAUCAUCAGCCCAGAAAAGUGGUUAUCCUCCAUCUUGACAAUAACCCUGGCCCUGGGCCUGCCUACGAAACCAAUUGAAACAAAGCUCGGUUUGGGCGUGGCACUUUUUUCCUUUACUUUCAUUGGCCCCUCUUUAUCUUCAUUGACAUUUUACCACGCCAUUCUAUCCAGGAUCUGCUGAUUGGCCCUUGCGAAUUUUAAUGAGUCCAAAAUUUUCAGCUAGUAGGUAUAGAACAGAUCAGAUAUGAGAGAAUGCAAGAAAAAGAACUUGAAAAGAAUCACCUGGUAUUUGAUUCUGUGGAGGUCUUUAGAAUCAAGCCUUUCUUCAGAGCAAUAGCCCCAUAGUUCCUUUCGUACUCGCUCGUGCAUCUCCUCCGCAAAAGCCUAGACAAAUGGUAUAGUAUAAAAAUCGUUGUAAUUGAAAAGCUUCAUGUUCUUUCUUGAUUAAGAAACGAAUGAAAAUUGUUAUUUUUCUCUUCCUCCUUGUACUGUGAGCCAAAAACACUCAAACUCAAAUGCCAAAAGUGCAGACCAAGAAAUUAAUGAACUCUUCAGUGAUACAAAUCAUUUUUGUUUUAAAUUACUACACAAUUUGUUGAGAAUAAUAUAUUUUUUAGAGAGACACAUCUAGAAAGUCUUAAGAAAAGGUUGCAUACAAAAUCUAAUCAAAUCUAAAUUUCAAAACGAGAGCUUUUAAUGAAAACGGCUUAUUAGGAUGAUUUUUUCCAGACAUUAUUAGGAUGAUUUUUACCACGUAUUAACAUGGGUA